AUGGACCAGGUAUCCAACCGGUCAGGAGUGGGCAGUGAUGACAUCACAGAUGAUACCUCACUGCCGGACCUGAGGUGGAGCUCAGAUGAAGAUAGCUCUGACGUUCAGACACAGUGCCUCGCGGCACCUCAGCCUCCUGUGCCAACCUACAAACAGAGGCUCGAGGAGUUUAAGAAGCUGUUCAAAGAGCUGCCUGAAACAGAGAGACUCCUAGUGGAUUAUCCAUGUGCCCUCCAGCGGGAUAUACUUCUACAGGGACGCAUUUACCUCUCAGUGAACUGGGUCUGUUUCUACAGCAAUGUGUUUCGUGGAACAAAGAUUGCUCUGACACUUAAAAACAUCACAACUGUGACGAGAGAGAAAACUGCUCGACUCAUUCCCAAUGCCAUCCAGAUCUGCACAAGUACAGACAAGUUCUUCUUCACUUCCUUCUCCGCAAGAGAGAAAAGCUACCGGGAAGUUUUUCGCAUGUGGCAAAACACGCUGAUGGGUAAGUCUCUGACCAGCCACGAGUUAUGGCAGACGGUUAGACAGCAUUAUGGUUUUGAUCUUGGCUUAAGCUAUGAAGAGAUGGAUAGCUCACCGAUAAUAGCAGAAUCAAACAUGCAGGCCAGCCUGACAGCGAGGCCUGGCGGAGAUGACGGUCCAGGGAGACUAGAGCGGCCCCCUUUCCUCCGCAUCCCUGAAGUGGAAAAUGGACCCUUGGAGACCUCCACACCUCAAGGGGAAGAAAUGCCUUCCCCUAUUGGCUCACAGAACUCGCCCAACUUGGAGGACUUUCGUAACACCCCAUCCCAAAGGCGCAGUCCGGCUCCCCAACUGGACCGCCUCGUCCCGGAGCGCGUCUCCAAGCGCUCCUCGCUUUCUCUUGACCUUAAUGCCAACGAGAACGGCGUGUCUGAGGAAAGCGGCUCGGAAAGUGAAGAAGAAGUGGAGGACCGCGUUGGUCUGUCUCAGGUGUCCGGUCGACAGUAUUUGAACCGGGUUUUCCACAUCAGUGCAAAACAUAUGUUUGAAAUUCUCUUCACCGACUCCAGCUUCAUGCGCAGGUUUAUGGAUGCCCGGAAGAUAACCAAUAUCACCUCUACUGCCUGGCAAAAAGACUCUUCUGGUAACAUGAAGCGGAGUCUGAACUACACAAUAACCAUCAACAACCCUCUGAUUGGGAAGUUCUCCACUGCUACAGAGUGCCAGACGCUGUACAAAGAAUCCAGGGAUGGUCAAUAUUACCUCAUAAACUCGGAGGUGUACACACAUGACGUUCCCUAUCAUGACUACUUCUACACUCAAACCCUCUACUACAUCAUGAGUAACUCUAAAAGGAAAUGUCGACUAAGGGUGUAUACCGAUGUAAAGUACAAGAAGCAGCCAUGGGGCCUCGUGAAGUCCUUUAUUACCAAAAACUCCUGGAGCGGCAUAGAAGAGAAUUUCCGGCAUCUGGAAGCAGAACUGCUGGAGGAAGAAGCAGAGAUGAACCAAGGAGGUGGAGAGGCGGGGAAGAUGGGUGGGCUUCGCAGGAGGAGGGGGCGGACUUAUAGCCGGACUCUGGCAGAGCAUUCAAAGCCCAACAAGCAGUACAGGCACGACGCUGAGCAGCACAGAGAAGGCAACAUGGGCCCUGUAGUUAUGAAAGGUCCGUAUCGAUGGAAUGUCACAACGAUAGUGGCUGGGAUGAGUGUGGUUCUGCUGAUCCUGACGAUGCUGAAUCUAGGCUUGUUUUUUAAGCUGUGGGCCAUGGAGGAUGUGGCCCAGCGCAUGUAUCUGACUACAAAGCAUCGCCUGAGGGAGAGGAGCGAGGCCAGCUUAGCCGCUGAGUAUGGACCCAAACUGGGAGCAGCGUUGAGGUCUCCAGAGGAGCUGCGCUUACUAAAAAAUGUACUUCAGGACUCCAUUAACCUCUUAGAACAGCUUCGUACCUCACUGGUGAUGCUGCAACAGAAUUUUGCAACAGCCAAUCGCACUGCAGCGCAGCAGUGAUGCAGCCACGCCUGGUGACUACAAAGCACCUGUCCCUGUGGAUAAAACGACACUGAAGCACUGAACUGUCUCGGAGGAUACCUCUGCUAUCCAUAGAUGUUGCCAUGUGGGCAUCCCCAGGCACAUGCCAUGUUUUCUUCGUGGUUAUGCAUCCCGAAGCCUGUGGUGAGGUAUCAGGUGCCAGGAUGUUGUUUGUUUGUUUUCUAAACUGCAGACUGACUGCUGGGAGGAGGAUUAUGUUUCACCAGAGUCUGGUUUAGAUUUCUGCAGAGGACUACUCUCAGCUCCCGCAGGUUCCAUGGUUAUUUUAAUGAGCCUUGUGCCACAUGAACUGUUGUGAAUACUUUUAGUUUGGUUUUAUUUUUGGGAUGUGAGUCAAUAUUAUUUAAGCUUUUUGCACACAUUUACGUUUUUGCACAAGUCUUAUGAGUAAGGCUGACUUACGCUCCCCUCUCCCCAAUAAAUCCCGCUAAUCAGUGACUCAGACUUGAAGGAUCGUCUACACUUGUGGUCUCGAUUCAUUUUGUACAUGUAUACUUCAGUUAUUCUGGCCUGCUGAUAUUUCAAUGAUUACACUGGUUCUCUCCUGGACUUUAAAUGAAGCAGACCAGAACUGAUCCUCAUCACCUGUUCAGGUAUAAUCAGGGUUUUUGGGUACUU